AUGUCGAAUGCUACUGUCCCCAAUUUCUUCAGCAUUGUCUCGGAAUAUGUGGACCACAUGCUUCCAGAAGACAACGCCAUGAAGGUCCUUCUCGUAGACGAGGUCACACUCAACAUUAUUUCCAUGGCCUGCUCACAGACGCUGCUGCUUAAGAAAAGGGUCUUCCUCGUUUGCCGCGUCGACGAGCAUCGCCAGCGACGGGUAAUGAAGGGCAUGCAUUGUAUUGUUUUUAUCCGACCGCAAACGUCAAGUGUGGCCGCCGUUGCUGAGGAACUGCAGGCCGCCAAGUACGGAAGUUACGCCAUCCACUUCAGUAACGCGGCAAGUCCGGAGCUGCUGGACAGCCUCGCCCGCGCUGACGUGGAUAAUCUAGUGAAUCGCGUCAGUGAGGUCUUCUGUGACUUUGAGGCCCACAACGCUGACGCCUUUGUUUCUGUUGUGUCGCCAAAGGUCUUGCUUCCAGCUUUCUUAAGUGCAGUCGCCGUGCAUCGCAUCGCGGAAAGCAUCGCUGCAACCUUUGUGGCGUGGCGGCGGAGGCCGUAUAUCCGGUUUGAACAGAACAGCGCGUUUGCCCGUCGUGUGGCGGUAGAACUGGGGGAUAUUCUUAACAAAAACGCCGAAUUGUACAACUACAAGAACAAGGACGGUUUGCUGCUCAUUCUCGAUCGCCGCAGCGACGCACUUACGCCACUGCUGACGCCGUGGACUUAUCAGGCCAUGUUGCAUGAACACAUUGGCCUACACCAUAAUCGUCUUCAGUUUUCAGACGGGGCGGUGAAGGAGGAGUAUGUCUUCUCACAGCAAGAUGACCCUUUCUUUGCGGCAAACAUGUUUGCGAACUGGGGCGAGCUUUGCAGCAAUGUCAAGGCGUACGUGGACACGUGUAAGGCAACCUUGAAUAUUGAUCGAUCCACGGCAACAAUGGAUGAGAUCAAGGAGUUUAUGCAGAAGCUGCCGCAAACCAAGAGUUUGACAGGCUCUGUGACAAAGCAUGCCACGGUGGUGUCGCAUCUCUCCUCUAUUAUCAAAAAACGAGAUUUGUUGGCCGUAUCUCUGCUAGAGCAAGACAUGAUUGCCUCUACCAAUGCAAAUGAUCACUGGAACAGGCUGCAGGCCUUCGCAGCGAAACAACAUAGCGGCGCUGUAGACGCCCGGGACAUUUUCCGUCUUUGCCUUAUCUAUCACUUACGGUACGAAAAACCCAACCAGCCUUCUCAUGUGGCCACUCUCUUGGACGGAAUUGAUGCACACCUGGCGAGUUACCUUCGGAAACUACGCAGUACUCCGGUGAACGUCCCACCGACGAGUUGUUUGGCGAAACUGGUGUGA